GCCGUUGAAGCAGGUGGUGGCACGUUAGCGGAGAGGCCAGCGGCUCGUCGACGCGUCUACCUGACCGCCUGAGGUGUCGCACGGUGACGGCCGUGCUACAUUCCGUGUGAGCGCCGCCUGAUUUAGGAGAGAUGCUGCACAGCCAGGCGGCCGAGGACAACAAGGACGUGCUGCUGGCGGCUGUGCGUGACCUCGCCCUCGCCCCGGGCAGUCACGUGCUCGAAGUCGCCUCGGGCACCGGGCAGCACGUGACGCACCUGGCCGACCACCUGCCCCAGCUCACCUUCCACCCGUCGGACGUGAACGCGCACAUGCUGGCCACUAUGCACCAGCGCCUGACGGCCGCGCCCCGGGCAAACGUGUGCGAGCCGCGCGUGGUGGACGCGGCCGACCCGGACACGUGGUGCGCCAUACGCGGCGCGUGCUUCAGCUGCCGCCAGCGCCUGCAGGCGGAGGACGCCAGCUGGGGGCUGCGCGACGUCGAUGAGCUAGUCGGCCGCGCCGAAGGCUGCGGCUUGCGGCUAGUCAGCGCCGCGCCGGCCGGUCUCAACCAGACGCUGCUGCUCUGGAGGAAACGGGAGCGGACUGACGGGGGAUGGGGCAUCGAGCAGGAAACACGAGAAAACGACAGUGGGACACCGUGCACGGAGACUUGA